AAUACAAAGAAAGUAGCAGUUUGAAUUUGAAAUUCAUCAUAGUGCAACAAAUAUGCUUUCUAAAUACUCCUAUAUUUUAUUGUUGGUAUUACAUUCUGCCAAAUUUGAAACCACAUUUGCUAGUGAAAAUGUGAAAAAAACUGUGCCUGGAUUCAUUUACAGCAUGCCAAAAACCCUCACGUCAGGACAAAAUGAAACUGUAUGUUUUUCUGCACACCAUUUACCCUCAGAGCCAAUUACAGUUGUCGUGGACUUAAAAUUUAAGAAUUCUCACUUUAUAACAACGAAAAUUGUACAACCAGAACAUUCUUGUUUCGAAGUACAAGUACCAGUUCAUGGUAAAAAUGACCCCGAUACCGUCGGGGUGAAGGUACAAGUACACGCAAAUGGUGUGGUAUAUUUUGCCCAUAACCAAGAUCCAGUUUUAAUUGUUUCCAAAAAAAUGUUAACUUUUAUCGAAACAGACAGGUUUAUUUAUAAAUCGGAAGAUACGGUGAAAUUGAGGAUAUUGUCUCUUGAAAAUAAUAUGCUUCCCACUUUAAAUUCGAAAAUCCCUUAUGUUCGUCUACGUAAUCCUGCGGGUAUAGGGGUAAUGACUUGGCAAAAUAUAAGUUCGGACUUGGGGCUAGCACACAUAGAAUAUAAAUUACCGCAAAAUUCCAGAACGGGUAUAUGGAAAUUUGAAUCAAGUGGACAAACAAAAACUUUCGAGGUAACUAAGUACACUUUACCACGUUUCAAGGUGUACAUUUUACAUCCAAGAACGAUCUACUAUAAAGCUCUGUAUGUAAACAUAACAGUGUGCGCGAAAUAUUCUUUCGGAGCACCAGUGAAAGGAACAGCAUUUAUAAGACUAAGUGAUGCUUUCUACAACAUAAAAACCAUUCAAGUUCUGAAAAAAAUGACUGAUGGCUGCACCGAAUUUAGAUUCCUUCAAGAAGAUUUAUCUCUUGAAAACAUUAAGAAGAAGUUUCCGUUAAUCGAUCCCAGAAUUCGUAUUUUAAUUACAGCUACAGUAACAGAAGACGAAACAGACAAAAUUGAAUUAACGACAGCUAAAAGUCUGAUUUUGUUAAAACCCUAUAGCCUGAAAUUCAUCAAAAACGAUAUUUUUUUGCCUGGUUUAACAUAUCAUGGAGUGAUUCAGUUAAGUAAUAUAAACAUUGACUUGAUAGGAGAAGUUAUAGAAAUAUGCUACAAUAUAGCUAUACGGAAAAGUUGGAACUAUUUGAAUAAUGAACAAUGUUCGAAUAUUACUUUAUCAAAUCAAACAUUUAUUCAGUUUCAUAUUUUGCCUUUAAGAAACAAUGUUAUUCACUUGCAGUUGAGUGCAAGAUCACUAAGUUAUAGUGACGUCGCCGAUAAUUUAUUAGUUGUCAGGAUGUACUCACCCAGUGGAACAUACAUUAAGUUGGAAUCUGUUCGACCUCUGGAAAUUUCGAAGUGUAGAUCUGUGCAGCAAUUUUAUGUGGAAUACACGACAAACAAGUUUAAAGAAAACGAGAACCUUACAUUUUAUUAUAUGAUUAAAACAAGCCAAGGAAUACACAAAAUGAAAAAGAUUUUACACACUGUGCACAAAACUUAUCCGAAUUACACCGAAGAAUACGAAACUCUUAUAGGUUUUUACCACAAACACACUAAACUGGAUAAUUCGAUCGAUAAGUUUAUAUUAAAAUUUCGAUUAGACGAAAAAAUUUUUUCAAACUAUCAAAUUCUAUUUUACUAUGUUGGUGUUGACGGUGAAAUUGUUACAGCAACUAGGGAAAUUGAUGUGGAUCCAUGUCUUCUAAACGAUGUAAAAGCAAAUUGGUCACAUAAGCAAAUAAUACCAGGCGGAACUGCUUCUUUGUUGUUAGAAGCGAAAUCAGACUCUCUUUGUUCAGUCUCUGUUACUGACAAAUCUGUAAAAUUCAUGAAUGAUGUCAACGUGUUAAAUACUAAAACUCUUAUAAAAUCGUUCUUACAAGAACAAGAGUACCCUGAAUCAAAACGAAGGUCGUGUUUACAACCGAAGAAAAAAAGCAGAGAUGGUUCAAACAAUCGAUUAUCUAACUCAAAACGUGAAAAAAGAUUUAUAUAUUCGUUUUCCGAAGACUAUGAUGCUUAUGACGUCUUUAAUAAAUUCGAAAUCAUUACCAUUAGCAAUUUCAAAGUGGUGUCUAAGCCUUGUUACACAGGACCAGUAUUGUCGACUAGUAACCCAGGUCAAUUUCUAACGGAUCAGUACAGUAUCCAGAACGAAGAUAGAGGUGCCCCGAUAAGGUCAUUUUUCCCCGACACGUGGUUAUGGGAAUUAGUACCAGUUAGAAAUGUGGCAGUUAUCCAUCGAACGUUACCUCACACUAUUACUACUUGGGAAACCAGUGUACUGUGUGUUUCAGCCAUUCAUGGUCCGGGUAUUAGUAAAAUUUCCGAAAUUACAAGUUUUCAACCCUUUUUUAUUAACCUGCUGACACCAUACUCUGUAAAACUGGGAGAAAUCUUAUACUUACACACAAUCGUUUUCAACUAUCUCACCUACAACGUACCGAUUCGAAUCAGUUUAGCGAUAUCAGAUGGUUUGGAUUUACUGGAUGCACAAAAGCGGACAAGUUUUUCAUAUUGUGUUCAUAGUAAUAAUACAGUUACACACGUAUUUGAGGUGAAAGCUGUGAAAGCACAAAAAGUCAAUGUAACUGUGGUAGGAGAAUUAGAUCCCUCGUUCCCUGGACAUUGCGGACCUGACACCGUCGUCAAUAAGAGGGACGUAGUUUUUAAAACUUUUAUAGUUGAACCUGAAGGUUAUCCAGUACAAAUAACAAAAUCGGCUUUAUUUUGUCGAUCUGAUGAUCACUCGCCAAAUAAUGUCACUUGGGACGCACUAACACCAAACGAUGUAGUACUUGAUACAUUCAAAACUGAAAUUAUUCUUCACGCAGAUAUUUUAGGUCAAAGUAUUGAGAAUUUCGACGAGUUAAUUAUAAUGCCGACUGGUUGUGGGGAACAAAUAAUGGCAACUUUGGCCCCAAAUCUAUACGUAUUACGUUAUUUAAAUGCCACUAGAAGUUUAUCGACUUCCGUAACCCGAAGAAUCAUACGAAAUUUAAAAAUUGGUUAUCAAAGAAUUUUGAAUUAUGUCCACAGUGAUGGAUCCUUCUCAGCUUUCGGUUACUACGAUUCAACAGGAUCCAUGUUUUUAACAGCGUUUGUAGUUCGAAUACUUCAAGACAUCAAACAGUACAUUUAUGUGGAUCAAAAAAUUAUCGAUCGAGCGGUAACGUGGAUAAUAAGUAACCAACUAGAAAAUGGGUGCUUUAAAACUAUGUCGCAUGUUUUUCAAGAUAUGGGAGGUACUACGUUCGAAAAUAGUACCGCAGGUUUAACUGCGUACGUGAUGGUUAGUUUAUUAAAUGCGAAUAUUCGAAUUCCCGACGCAGUCCAAACAAACGCUAAAUAUUGCAUUAGAGGACAUUACAAUUUAGAUACUUACACUCUAGCAAUAAGCUCGUAUGCUUUAUUUAAAAUUAACUGGUACAGCGAAGCUAACAGAAUGUUGAAAAAGUUAAUUCAAAUUUCCAAUAAAAAGGGUAACAUGAUGUGGUGGACAAGUAAAGAGUAUAAUGGUUCGGGAGCCACUGAUGUUGAAAUUACAAGUUAUGUCUUGCUUUCUUUGCUCCACCAAAAGUCGCCCGAAAAUUUGGCUAAAGCACAUUCUAUAGUGCAGUGGUUAUCAACACAACGUGGACCUCGAGGAGGGUUUUUGUCCACACAGGAUACAGUCGUAGCCCUUGAAGCCCUGACUAAAUAUUCCUCCAUGAUGCGACAUAAAACAACAAAUUUAAAUAUCAGUGUUAAAGCCAGUGACCAACAAUUUAUUUUUAAAUUCAACGAAGAAAACCGUUUAAUCUCACAAAAUACUGUAUUAAAAAAAGCCAACAGCAGUGUGGAAAUUAGUAUUCAUGGACAAGGAUGUAUUUUAACUCAAGCAGUACAUUCUUAUUUCGUAAAACACAUCACCAGUAGUGAAUCAUUCAAGCUGGACGUUGAAAUUUUACCACUGUCGAAAAUCGACAGAUGUUCUAUUGCCACGAUUUCGACUUGUUUUUCUUACAAUGGAACUGAUCAUCAGUCAAAUAUGGCCGUUUUGGAAAUCGAUUUACCAACAGGUUAUGAAGCAGACAGAACUUCUCUUUACAAGUUAGUGGAAAAAGAUAAAACAACAGGAAUAAAAAUGUUUGAAGAAAUUCAACAAAAGAUAGUUUUUUAUGUGACUAAACUGACUUCUAAUGUUGUUUGUGCCAAUUUCGAUAUUAAUGAAAUUGUCACUGUACAUUCAAGAGCGAAAUCUGCUGCAAAACUUUAUGAUUAUUAUAAACCCGAGUUUCGCGUUUUACAGUUCUACGAUAUGGAUAAUAGAUGCACAUUUAAAAACUAUACGAUUCCACUACUGGACUACCGUUCUGUUUUAGAAAACGACACCAACAGAGAGAAUCCAAAAAGGGGGAUAUGAAAUAAUUUUUCAUAAAAUUAAUUCUAGUAUUAAAUGAUAAGUGAAUACAUAUGUAUUUAAAUUUCACUUUUUUUUAAAUAUAUAACAAGUUUGAAAAUAA